CUAGAGCGUGUAAUCGAUCAAGUAAAACGGAGUGCUGUGCUUUCAGCCACCAAGAUUGUCAUUGGCGUUUCACGAAUGCAUCCCCUACCUACCGCCGACCGGUGGUGUAAGUACUGCUUCCCGGCCCCAGGCACAACUGAAUAUUCCCCAGGCACAACUGGUUGUGCCUUGGGCACACUGAUCGAACAGUACCGUAUAUUCUACAUAUCCUCCCCCAGUUCCGUUCCAUGUCAAGAAUCAAAAUCAAAAAUAUUCAUAUAGACGGUGGAGACUCCAGACGACAGGAACAUCAUCCGCCGUUAACCAUUCCUGCCAACUGUGCACCGUCGUUCGCCGCGACCUCCUCACCUUCUUACGCACUUACCUCAGAGUCUCCGAAUAGACACGAUAGACACGAUAGCUACGAUAGCUACGAUAGCUACGCUGGACUGGCAGUAUGGCGCCGUUGAAGAGCAUCACCGGUACGGGACGAGGCUCCAACAGAGCGAACAUCACGACGGAUCCCGCCGGGAGCGCUCUCGCCGAUCCCCACUCGCCCACAAAGGCCUACGCCGUAUCUAGAAGACGGCCUGUCGUCCCUUACUACUACCGCCCGAAGUUUGGCAAAACCUACCUGCCCUGGGCACCGCUAUCCCAGCGAUGCAAGAACAUCAACUCGAUCCUGCGACGCUACGAUACCGUGUUCUCGGGCGACGAUGCCGCCUCCGUCGUCGUCGCCGCCGGUAGCGAGUCGCUAGCCAACAGAACCCAACCCUGGCUGUUGACGGACCCAACCGUACCAGUAACGGUGCGUACCCAACCGCGCUCCGAGUUUCCGUCCCCGCCCUCGGUCCUGGGAAAGCGGAAACGCGGGGUUCUGGGAUGUGCAUGGCACGGGAAUUUCCGGACGGGGAAGCGGGAUCACCCGUGCGCGCUCGUCGACUUCGAUACGUUGAGCGAGCAGAUCGCGCAUGUCAAGGACGUGCACGACGACUACGUGUGUCCGUUCUGCGAGAAGCAUGUCGCUUGCGAUGAUGAGGGCCAGUACCGAUUACUGGACGAUGGCUACACGAUCAAACGGAUCGAGGACAUGGUGACUACCUCCCCGAAAGGCAUGAGAGACCACGUCCUCCGCAAGCACUGCCCCUCGUACCGGUGUCCGAUGGACGACUGCACGAGUGUGCUAGGCACGUGGACGGACUUCAAGAAACAUCUGAAGAAGCAGCACAACGUCAGCGAUGUGAACGCCGGAGCAUAUAGGACGUGCCGCGGCAAUAGCUCGCAAGAGCUGCUAACGUUCGUUUCCAACAUCCAGACAGCCAAGGAUAAGGCGGCGAUCAGGGAAAUUGCGUUCCCAAAUGGCGCGGACGUCCCACUCUUCGACGAUGCGGUCCGCCCGAGAAUCGGCUUCGCCCCGAGAGCUCCACCGUCGGGCACUCACGCCAACGCACCCGCCAUCCCACGGCGCCAGCAGCCCCCACCCGAGCCUUUGGAGACUCCACACUCCAGCCCGCCACUGGCGGCUACUGCAGCACAUGCACAAACGCCAGCUGACUCGGGGUUCCUCUGUGCGGGCGAAUGUCCGGACGUCACAGUCGCAGCCCGGCCCGAAGACGGCGCAGAGAAUUCCCGGUUCGCUAGCUUCUGCAGAACCUCCAGCGAUGCUAGUUCGCAGGGUUCGAUGGGUUCGCUGUUGGAAUGGAUACAAAAUUUGCCGUCGUGUGAGCUCUCACAAACGUAGACGACGUAGAGCGGCGAGGAGGAGGAGGAUGAGGAGGAGGAGGAGAUGUAUGAAGGGAGGAGGAGGGAGGAGGAGGAGGAGGAUUAUGGGGAUAGGGAGGAGGAGGAUGAUGGGGGUGAGGAGGAGGAUGAAGAUGAGGGGGUUGAGGAUGAGGAUGAGGAGGCGGAUGAGCAGGGUGAGGAGGAUGAUGGGGGCGAGGAGGAGGAGGAGGAGGAUGAGGAGGAUGAGGAGGAGGAUGAGCAGGGUGAGGAGGAUGGGCAGGAUGAGGAGGAUGAGGAGGAUGAGGAGGAUGAUGGGGGCGAGGAGGAGGAUGAGGAGGAGGAUGAG